CGGAACGCAACUUAAAAUGGCAGCUAUUUAAAGAGAAAGAAGAAAAAAAGAAAGAGGUUAAGCUGUGAAAUUUCCUUUGUUGGGUUUUUAAUGGCGGAAUUAGAGAAGCAAGAGAGAGUUGUUGUAAAUAGAAACAAAGAUAAAGAAAAGGAAGAAGAAGAAGAAGAAGAAGAAGAGAGGUUGUUAGAGGGAAUGGCGGUGUUGGAUUUCGACAUGCUAUGUUCCACCGUGGCUUUGCAAACCCAUGGCAAAUGGAGGAAACUUGAAAACGCCGAGGAUUGUUUAGAACAAGGAAACGGAGACUUUGGUGGCGUUUUCAGGAUGUGGGAAGGUGAAGUUGUUCUUGAUUUCUUGGAUGACCGCCGUGUCGCUCUCCAAUCUACCUGUUGCCCCUGCUACAGAUUUGGGAAGAACAUGAGGAGAGCUGGCUUCGGAUAUUGUUUUCUUCAGGGAACCGUUUAUUUCAUUCUUGUUUUGAGUGUGUUUCUCAACUUCCUUGCCUUUAUUGUCACCAAGCGGAAUUACUUUCUGUAUUUGGCUGGUGCUUUCAUCUUAUCUGUUGGAGCAUAUUUGGGUUUCUUCCGCAUGCAGAUAGAAAGAAAAUUCAAUAUUAGGGGUAAUGAUAGCUUAUUGGAUGAUUGCAUCUACCAUCUCAUCUGCCCUUGCUGUACAUUAUCCCAGGAGUCUAGAACAUUGGAGAUGAACAAUGUCCAAGAUGGUACAUGGCACGGUCGUGGUGAUAUAUGCAUAGGAAGCUAUGGUGAAGGCAGAAAAGCGUUCUUUGAGCUACACCCUCCUUCUCCUAUAUCAAUUAAGACUCCUGAGCCCUGCAACAUGCAAAAUAGUUUAAAUGGUGAUGAUAAUGCUUGAACAUGAGAACUUGCAUAUUCAAAGAUCUUGUCCAAUAUUGGCUGGAACAGCCAAUCGCAAAUAUCCCAGAAAAUUUAUUCUUUGAUGGAGGGAUGCUAGACAAGCAGAUGGAAGAGCAAAGUGUUUGUGGCUUGGAUUAUAGAAUCCUGCAGGAAUGGUGAUCCGGUUUAUUCAAGGAGAAAGAUAAUGGUGCUUCCAUGUGCAUGAAAGGAAACUAUUUGUAGCAGUGUGGAGGAAGUAAUAGGAGAUCCUAUCCAACUUAAUAUUUCAUUGUUACUUUUCCCAUAUAGACUUUGAAUCUAUGCCCCCGUUCAUCUCUUCCUUGAUUGACUAGGGAACACCUAAUUCACCGUGACUGAAAUAGAUGCUUCUCUCUAGAAAGUAUAUUUUUUAAAGGAUAGCUUGGAAAUAGGUUUUUAUUUUAUUCCAGGACUUUUUUUAUUCUUUCUGUCAAUAAAUAUAGCUUGUGCCGACUGUACUAGUAUUAAUCAUUGAAUUCAGCAGAUUGAUAGUUUCUCCAAUAUUGCAGGCUUCAGAUUACAGUAUACGACUUAGUCUGAUGGAGAGAGAGCAACAGGGUGAUUGUGUCUCAUACUCUGUUUUUAGGACUAAAAUACUGUCUUUACGACUGAAACUUCUUUCCAUGGAAGUUUCAGAAAGGGUGAAAGCGUUCCAAUUAGGGAUAGCUUAGGAAUAGCAACGGGUUGGGGCGGGUUUUUGAUUAGUCCG